AUGAGCGCACCAAGAAGAAGGCAAUACAGACGAGCCACGCAAGCAUGUGAUAAUUGCAGACGCAAGAAGAUACGCUGCCCUGGUGAAAGACCACAAUGCUCAGCCUGUUCUCGUCUUCGUCAACAUUGCUCUUUUGUAGAAACGGCCUCUGUAAGCGAGCAAUCUACGAGCCAAGUAGACCCUACUGUGUCGAGCCGACUGGAGCAACUGGAAGAUAAGCUUGACAAUCUCAUUAGUAGGGUUGUGCCCCAAUCUAUGCAGGAAACUACACCAUCUUCAACGUCUGAAAGGCCAAACCAAGUGCUAUCCUUCUCAGCAGUUACACCGCAACAGCAAUCAUUAUCGACACCGGUAUCGGUUGAUUUGCGUGCGAAAGCAAUCGGCUUUUAUUUUCGACACAUCCAUCGACAACCCUUGUGGCUGUUCGACGACCCUCUCCAAGAUUUAUCAGAUGAACUGAUCCAUGCUAUUAUGGCUCUGUUCUCCACCUACUAUGCCUCCUCUCAAGAAAGAGAAGGCGUGGAGAGCCCCGGCGUUUACUAUAAAGCUGCCCGUACAAGUGUCAUGCUUACAAUUGCUCAAGGGAGCAUGACGAUCCAGAGCAGUCAGACACUCUGCUUAUUAGCGUACUAUAAUUUCAUCAUCGGAGAUGUCACUACUGCUGGCUUUGAUAUAUCCAUCGCCAAGAGCAUGCUCCAACUAGUUCCAGACAACGAACGAGACCCAGUAAGAUUACUGAGUUUGCAAGCAAAAUCAAGGGUCUUCUGGAGCAUCCAAUUUUUGAGCUACUCGUGCGGUGCUCCCGUUCUACUACCUUCGGUCCAGCAAGACGUCGACACACCACAGUUACUAACAGUUGAAGCCCGAGACCCGCUAACAAAAUGCAUCCCGGUUCCAAGAGCAGUAGAGACGGGUGUCCAUGAGACACUUCCCGACGUAUGGGCUCAGUCGCACAAGCUGUGUAGCCUCUGGACGGAGUUACGGCUUUAUGUGGCAAGGUGUGUCGAGGGACGAGUCAAAUAUCCCUGGCAUCCAGAAUCAGAUUACACAAAACUCUGCUCACAGGUCCUUGAUAUUGAGAUGUACCACCCUGUCCACUUGAGCUACAACAGGGUCAAGUUUCCUUCGAUAUCGGCCCAGGACGCGCACACCAACCGUUCGGACCUACUCCCUUGGGUCAGAAUCCAAGUAGCAUACCACGCCAUCCACUGCGUGUUGAACCAUCCCUGUCUUUACACCUCGAUGGCAGAGACCCCCAGGGAAAGACUAGGCGGCAACACCUUCUGGAGAGCGUCAUGCGAGAAGGCUUUGAGACACUGCACCUGGAUAUCGAGACUUAUUAGAACAGCCAACGAAAAGGGACUGAAGAUCGUGGAUCCUUUCCUUGCACAGGCAGCAGCCAUUGCUUGCACACUGCAUCUUUACUGGGCCCGAACGAGCGAUACAAGGUUAAAGGCGUCUUCUCUAGAAAAUCUGGAUAUCUGCCGCAAACUUGUCAAGCAAAUGGCGGCAUGCUGGCCAAUUUGCAAAGCAAUUGAUACUGCCCUGGAUCAUUUUAUCGAGUCGAUAGAACGCCCGUUGCAAAUCAACUCAGAGACAGCGUCUCCUGCAGCUGUGAAAACGUCGCUUAUAUGGAUUUUACUAGACAUGGCAGCUCCUCAAUUCCCAAAUUAUAGGGAUCAAACUGUCAAUAGUCAGACUGUCUGGGCUACCAGUACCGAAGCCGCCGAUGACGAAGCUGUCCCUGAGUCUGAGAUGAACACACCGCCGACAGAUAUGCGCGAAUCAACAACUUGCUAUGCAACGCCUCCGAGGUGGAUGAUGGAAGGAACACAGGCUGGGUCGCAGAUGGAGGUGGCUGAUCGGGGACUUGAUGAAACCGUAUUGGCUUCAGUAGCAAUCACCAACGAUCAUAACACUACAUACGAUCUUGCUUGGGGCGCUUGGGAGAAUCUAGGGCCCAUAGGAGAGAGCUUGUAUAUGAAUGUAGAAUGGUGGGACAUGAAUCAGUUCUGA